UGUGCGACUCGCCGGAUGGAAACAAGCGCAUGAAUAGCUUAUGACGACUCGUUUAUUGUAUUAUUUUCAAACGACAUAUUAGAAAGAAUUCUUACAUGUUUAGCUAACAUCAAUGCUAGUGGGUUAAAGUCUUAACGUUAAGUCUCCGCUCCCGCGUUGAAUCUCUUGUCCCCAAGCUAGUGCUGUUUGCUAACGGUUGCGACAACUUGUUGUCUCAUUUCGUGCCAACGUCGUUUCUUUCUCUUGCAUCGGGAUGAGUAAAAAGUACGGAGGUGGAGGCGGUGGACGAGACAGAAGAGGAGGUAGUAGUAGAGGCUUUCGUGAUGGCAGCAGAGAAAGAGCCGAACGGGGAAGUGGUUUUAGUGGCAGCUUCGACCAGGACAACGACGGUGGUCGCCAUCCAUCACACUUGAAGGGCCGUGAGAUUGGCUUGUGGUAUGCAAAGUACGGGGCCGUGAGGAAGAAACAGGCUGACCGGAGAUCGCGGGCAGUGGUCCAGAUGGAUGAGUCCAGAGAGCAGCACAUUAUUAAGCUGCUCGACUCCGUCCAGAAUGACCAGUCAGGUCCGGAGAGACCGAGUGGAAAUGCGAGAGACUUUGCGUCGGCGGACAACUGGCGUGCACGUUCCAAUAAAAGUGGCCACUGCUAUUUUGAUGGAGACAUGACCGAAGAGGAAAAACGGAAGAUCAAAUUUGAGAGGGAAGACACAACACACAAAAAACGUUCUAGCUCACAGGCAGUUGUUAAAGAUGAGAUUCCUGACACAUGGGAUGAUGAUGAUGAUGAUGUGGUGGAGCUGCAGCAACUGGAGGGGGAAGAAAAUAGGGAGAAACUGAGGAGGAAUGACAAAGAUCUGGAAUUCUUACUCCAGGAAAUAGCUAGAGAUGUUUUGCUGGACGAAUCGCUGAAGAGAGAUCUGCAGAGUAAGAAAUCACACCCAAAGUACAAGGAAAUGCUGACGUUCAGAGAAAAGUUGCCAUCCUAUGGAAAGAAAGAGGAGCUAGUGCGGCUGAUCAACUCCAACCAAGUACUGGUGGUGAGCGGUGAAACAGGCUGCGGAAAAACCACGCAGGUGACCCAGUUCAUCCUGGACGACCACAUCAACCGCGGCAUGGGCUCUAUGUGCCGUGUGGUCUGCACGCAGCCUCGGCGCAUUAGCGCCAUCUCGGUAGCAGAGCGCGUGGCUGCCGAGAGGGCAGAAAAGGUUGGCAGUGGAAAUUCGUGUGGUUAUCAAAUUCGCUUGCAGAGCCAGUUACCACGGAGACAAGGUUCGGUCCUGUACUGUACCACGGGCAUUAUCCUUCAGUGGCUCCGCUCAGACUCUCGGUUAUCAAGUGUCAGCCAUUUGGUUCUGGAUGAGAUCCACGAGAGAAGCCUGCACUCCGAUGUGUUGCUCACCAUCGUCAAGGACCUACUCGAAGUGCGAUAUGACCUCAAGGUCAUCCUGAUGAGUGCCACGCUCAACGCAGAGAAAUUCUCGAAGUACUUCGACAACUGCCCCAUGAUCCACAUCCCAGGCUUGACAUUCCCAGUGGAGGAAUUCCUUGUAGAGGACGUUGUGGAGAUGACAAGGUAUCAUCCCAAGAACCAGGACCGCCGGCCUGCAUGGAAAAGAGGCUUCUGGCAGGGACGCCACUCCAGACCUGAGAAGGAGGAGAAGGAGGCCGAAUACAAAGAUAGCUGGCCUUGUUAUGCUCGCACACUCCAAGCCAGAUACUCUGAGAGCACCAUAGCUGCUCUCGAGAUGCUGGAUGGCGAUGACAAGAUAGACUUGGAGCUCAUCGUGGCACUCAUCCGCCAUAUUGUGCUCAACGAUGAGGAAGGAGCCAUCUUGGUCUUCUUGCCCGGCUGGGACAACAUCAGCAGCCUCAAUGACUUGCUAAUGGGACAGCAGAUGUUCAGAUCAGAUCGUUUUGUUAUCAUCCCACUGCACUCACUCAUGCCGACGGUUAAUCAGACGCAGGUAUUCAAACGGCCUCCAUCUGGUGUGCGAAAGAUUGUGAUUGCUACCAAUAUAGCUGAAACAAGCAUCACCAUAGAUGAUGUUGUUUUUGUAAUCGAUGGAGGCAAGAUCAAAGAAACCAACUUCGACACCAACAACAACAUCAGCACCAUGACGGCCGAGUGGGUGAGCCUGGCCAAUGCCAAGCAGAGGAAAGGGCGCGCUGGCAGAGUGUGUCCAGGAAAGUGCUAUCAUCUGUAUAAUGGUCUCCGAGCCAGCCUUCUGGAUGCCUACCAAUUACCAGAAAUCAUGAGGACUCCGUUGGAGGAGCUGUGCCUGCAGAUCAAGAUAUUGAAACUUGGGGGCAUUGCUCACUUCCUGCAGAAAGCUCUGGACCCUCCCACUGAAAAGGCUGUGAAUCUGGCCAUAAAGAACCUCAAAGACCUGAACGCCUUGGAUCAUUCGGAGAACCUAACGGCGCUGGGUUUCCACCUGGCUCGCCUGCCCGUGGAGCCUCACAUUGGAAAGCUCAUCCUGUUCGGAGCGCUGCUAGGCUGCCUCGACCCCGUGCUCACCAUCGCCGCCUCCCUCAGCUUCAAAGACCCUUUCUUCAUACCCCUGGGCAAAGAGUUGAUGGCAGACAAGAGGAGGAAAACACUGUCCAACAACUCCAAAAGUGAUCACCUCACUGUGGUCAACGCUUUCCAGGGCUGGCAGGAAGCUAAACAGCGUGGCGGCCGGUGCGAGCGGGAGUUCUGCUGGGACAACUUCCUGUCUGGCAACACACUCCAGAUGUUGCACAACAUGAAGGGCCAGUUUGCUGAACAUCUCAUGCACGCAGGCUUCGUCAGCAGCAAGGACCCUAAAGACCCCAACUCUAAUGUCAACUCAGACAACGAGAAAUUGAUCAAAGCGGUGAUCGUAGCUGGCCUGUAUCCUAAAGUCGCCAUGAUCCGACCAUCACACAGCAAAAAGAGACCUGGGGUGAAAGUGUACACUCAGCAUGACGGGAAGGUGUGUAUCCACCCCAAGUCUGUCAACUACGAGGAGACCAACUUUAACUACACGUGGCUCAUCUAUCACCUCAAAAUGAGAACCAGCAGCAUCUUCCUGUACGACUGCACCGAAGUCUCCCCCUUCUCUCUGCUCUUCUUUGGUGGCGACAUCACCAUCCAAAAGGACGAUGACCAGGAGACCAUCGCCGUGGACAAGUGGAUCGUCUUUAGGUCGCCGGCGCGCACUGCUCAUCUCGUCAAAAGUCUAAAACAAGAGUUGCAUUCUCUGCUGGCGGACAAGAUCCGCAGGCCGGCCCCCGUGGACUGGAAGAACCGCCAAUCCAAAGACUGUGCCGUCAUCACAGCCAUCAUCGACCUCAUCACUACGCAGGAGACGAUGACUACGACGGCGGGGGCUCAGGGCGCCGGCAGAGGCCACGGCAGGACGUGGACCCCCAGAGGACAACACAUUUACUUCAAUGACGACGACAGUGACGACGACAAUUAGCUUGGGACGACACCUGAGAGGAGGAAUCACAGUUGUCACCUUGCUGUGCGGGUCUUUCGCCGCCAAACACAAGCUCGCUAACUGGCAUUUCCCACUGCCCUUGGAUGCACUGGCUCCACCUCCCUACUUGCCCAUCCAAUCACUCACGUUGAGGACACAUGGAAAUGGACAGAGUGACUUAAAAAUGGUCACUUUAAACCAAAAUGGCAUGCUACUUGUUUCUUUUCAGGCAUAGGUUCUUGAGGCUUUGUUUUUUUUGCACGUCUUCUUAUGAUAGACAUGGCUACCGAAAUUCAUGUUGUGAAGUGAAACCAGGUUCAGGGGCUGACUUUUCAAACUGGUCUAGUUUUGAAUGGAACAUCAUAAAUGCUCCAGGUGUUGUAG